CACCAAUUCCCGCCAAUUCCAUCCAAUGCAAUGUUUAUUGUCGGUUCUAAAAGAUGAGUGACAUAAGUGAUAUCCAGAGCUGGUUGACGGAGAUACUCGGAGAACAAGUUGAUUGGGAGGUUAAUCCUGCAACCAUAAGAACUCUUCUUUUACUUAGAGAAAAGAAUAUAUGUCAAGAAAAACAUCUGCAGAUUAUACUGGAUGAAGUAGAACGAGCAAGAUAUGAAUGUGAAGGAGAAGUUCGUAGAUUGGAAAGUAUCCUUUUGCAGCUGGGAGUAGGGGAUAGUUUCCUCUCUGGUCCUAGUUCAGUAUAUACUCAGGUGUUGACGGAUUCCUGCUGUGCACUAAACGAGGAUAAUAUUGGAUCUGGACUGCUGGCUGCUGCUGCCCGAGUUAGGGUCCAACAAGCACAAUCUGCUCCUUGUUUAGCAGCGGUGAAAGCACAAGUAGAAGGGGUGAAAGCAGAUACACUUAAACUCUACUCACAGCUAGAAAGGCUGGGAGAAUGUGUAACUGCAGGAGAGAAGGAAGGAAAAGAGGAUUCUGUUUUAGCCGCAAACCAAUCCAAGAAACUAGAUUUUAUGUGUGCCAAGGAGAAGCAGUAUAAAGCAAGCCUGGAGAAGGAUGAGACCUUGUUGCACAAGAACACAGGCGGAGAUUUGACUCUAACCCACUCCAACAUUGAGAAACUAUCCGCGGAGCUUGCAGGGUUAGAGGUUGAGGUUGAAGAGGCCCGGAGACAAAUCUCUGGGUAUCUGAAUCUACCACCCAGCUGUGAUCUUGCCAAGGUGGAAAUAUCAAAGGCGGAGAAAGAACUGCUAAAUCUGGCAGAGCAAGUCAACUCAAAAAUUUCAACUUUGCAUUUUUGAAAAUUUAGAUUUUUACUAAAUUGCAACUAUGUACGCAACCCUUAUUCGACAAUUAACAUGCCAGUGUCGUCACACAAGAGAAAUGUGUCGUUUUAAUAGGAAUCUCCAGACUAUAUAUAUGUAACUUUGUAUCUACAUUCUAAAUGUUAAACUAUUUUCAGAA